AAAUGCUUUGUUAGUGGUAGAGUGAAAAUUAAGGUUGAUUUCUGUCUUUUUUUAAUUAGUGUUCGUAGUCAGUGUUCAUUUUGAACAUUUUGAUAAUUCCAUUUUUGAGCAUUAACUUGUAAAAGUACAAAAUCACCGCUCGCACACUUAUAGCAUCCGGAUCUAGCCUGGCUCACUCCUUCGAUUAAGAAUUGUAUAUGAUUAUGGUUGUCGCAAACUGAUACAUACAGAGCCACAGUUUUAUUCACAAUGACUCCUAAUCGCAGAGACCGAGACUGGCCAGUUCCGGAUGCUAUACACCAAAUUAAGAUCGCACUGGUUCACGGGGAAGAAAUGGGCACUAAUCUACUGGCAAUGUCUCGUGAUCAAAUAUCGGGUGAAGUUACAUUAGCGGACCGUGACGGAGCUGUCCAUUUACUACGAUUUCUCAAAUUUUGGUUCAAUUUACCUUCCGCAGUAUUUAUCACAGCUACCAAUUUGUUGGACCGGUUUUUAAUUAAAAUGAAGGUGCAGCAACGUUACUUAACUUGCCUUGUUAUAAGUUGCAUGAACGUUGCAUCAGAUCUACAUCACUACAACAUUGAUCCAAAGAUUCUAGUCAGUAUCUCGCAAAGUAAAUGUUCUGUCAAAGACAUGAACCGAAUGAGUGAAAUAAUUAAACAAAAAUUAGAUUUAGGAAAUGGAAAAGUUCUAACGAACGUCUUAGAUUAUCUGAAUCAAUUCUUAGAUCUUUUGGAAACAGUCGCUCACCAGUUUCAUCUAAAGUCUGUUUCCAAUGUGGGUUUGGAGAAAGAUGAGCUUUUAUGUCAUUUGGAAGUAAUUAUGUGUGAUUCUCAAUGUGCCUCAGCAAAACCUGCUGUAAUAGCGCUGGCAUUGAUUCAAAACGAAUUUGAGCGUUUUAUGUCAUGUGCAAUACCCGAUACAUUAUCGUAUCACUCUUUCGAAUUACUACAGCUGUUCACGACUGUUGUAGACCUUCAAUUGAUUUGCUUGAUCGUACCUGUUGAGUUUACGUCUUGCCACAAGAUCAUAAAGGAUAGUUUAACAAGUUACGACAAACACAUGAAAUCGUUGUACCGACAAAAUCUGCUAUGGCGAUAUUCGUCACGAUCACUUUACACCACAAGGUCUGCUUGGAAGUACUUCAAAUCACUUAAUACAAUCUCCGAAGAAUAAACUAAUCUGCAAAAUAGAAAAUUAAAAAGUAUUGUAUUUUUAGUAUUGAAAUGUAAUAAAUUUUGGACAGUAUUUAUUGCAUAUCAAUGUAUACAGUGUAUGUACGAUGUUUUUAAGAAAACUAAAAAGUAUUUUAAAAGUACAAAAAAAUUUU